GGGAAAGAGGGAGUGGUGUCAAUGAGCAGGGAAGCUAACAGAGUCUGCUGCUCGGCAAGGUUUCACCGCGGGUAGCUAGUUCUUCGCACUGUACCCAUUUCAUUGAUUCGUUUACCAGGAUUAUAGCCUUGCAAAGAUGACAAUGGAUGCUUUGCAACUAGCGAACACUGCCUUUGCAGUUGAUAUAUUCAAAAAACUGUGCGAGAAGGACAAAACAGCCAAUAUUAUUUUUGCCCCACUGUGUACCUCAACGUCUCUGGCUCUGGCAUAUAAAGCGACGAAAGGUGAUACUGCAGAUCAAAUGAAACAGGUACUCCAUUUGCAAGAUGUCAAAGAUGUUUCUUUUGGGUUUCAAACAGUAACUUCAGAUGUUUCCAAACUCAGCUCUUUUUUUGCACUGAAAAUGGUCAAACGGCUCUUUGUAGACAAGUCUCUUAAUCCUACCACAGACUUUGUCAACUCCACAAAGAGGCCUUUUCCAUCUGAACUGGAACUAGUGGAGUUCAAAGCAAAAACCGAGGAAACCCGACAGAAGAUCAACAAGUCUCUUUCAGAGCUAACUGAUGGCAAAAUGGAGAAUAUUUUGAAUGAAGAUAGUGUAAAUGACCAGACUCAGAUCCUCCUAGUUAAUGCAGCUUAUUUUGUCACAAACUGGAUGAAGAAGUUCCCAGAGGCAGAGAUCAAAGAAUGUCCUUUUAAAGUCAACAAGACUGAAACUAAACCAGUGCAAAUGAUGAAUCUGGAAGCUACUUUUUGCCUGGGCUAUGUAAAAGAAUUAAAUGUGGCCAUCCUCGAGCUUCCAUGCCUUAACAAACAUAUCAGCAUGCUCAUUCUGCUGCCCAAAGAGAUUGAAGAUGAGACCACUGGCUUGGAGAAGCUGGAAAAGGCACUCACCCCUGAGACAUUAUUACAGUGGACCAAUCCCAGCAUGAUGGCCAACACCAAAGUGAAUGUAUUUCUUCCAAAGUUUAGUGUGGAAGGUGAUUAUGACCUGAAGCCUCUUCUGGAAAGCCUGGGAAUGACAAACGUCUUCAAUGAGAGUGCAUCAGAUUUCUCUGAGAUGUGUGAGACAAAAGGUGUGGUUUUGUCAAAGAUCAUCCAUAAAGUCUCUUUGGAAGUAAAUGAACAAGGUGGCGAGUCCCGAGAGGUACCAGGAUAUCGGAUUCUGCAACACAAAGAUGAAUUUAAAGCUGACCAUCCAUUUAUAUUUUUGUUUAGGCACAACAAAACUCGCAACGUGAUUCUUUCAGGCCGAUUCUGUUCCCCUUAA